AUGGAAAGGCUCUAUAUAUUAUUAUUAUUAUUAUUAUUAUUAUUAUUAUUAUUAUUAUUGUUAUUAUUAUUGUUAUUAUUAUUAUUAUUAUUAUUAUUAUUACUAUUAUUAUUAUUAUUAUUAUUAUUAUUAUUAUUAUUAUUAUUAUUAUUAUUAUUAUUAUCAUUAUUAUUAUUAUUAUUAUUAUUAUUAUUAUUAUUAUUAUUAUUAUUAUUAUUAUUAUUAUUAUUAUUAUUAUUAUUAUUAUUAUUAUUAUUAUUAUUAUUAUUAUUAUUAUUAUUAUUAUUAUUAUUAUUAUUAUUAUUAUUAUUAUUAUUAUUAUUAUUAUUAUUAUUAUUAUUAUUAUAUAUUCAUGGAAAGGCUUUAUAUAGGGUAUGGCUUUGUCAGUAUCUUCGACACUGUUAG